AUGGCGUUUCUCAAGGGAUGGGCGCAUCCGGCUUUGGUUCCAGCUGCUCUUGCAGAGAGACUGAAGAGGCCAGCGAUGACGAAGACGAUCAGGUGGUCGCCGUGUCGAGCUCCCCCGCUUCGUCGACGCUGCAGGGGCAGGAACUCCUCCAAGCCGCUGAACGGGGCGACGGCGAGCGAGUCGAGGCCUUGCUUGCGCGAGGCGCCCAGCUCGGGUCCUCGGCCCGCUUCGGCCAGAACCCUCUGCUCGUCGCGGCCGCCCGCGGCCAUGUGGACGUCGUGGCAGUGCUCGUGGGGCGCCGCGCGCGCAUUGAUGUGCGGGACGCCCACGGCAGCGAUGCCGUUGGAUCUGGACGCCAAGCAGAUGAUGAGCCAUUUCGACCGCCUCCAG